AUGUCUGGAAUGACUGGUAGCAAUCAACAGUUUGGGAAACCCCCUCUUCGGUACACUAUUGGUAUAUUCUGGCUUCUUCUUUGUACCUUGGAGUUCCUCGCCGUCAUCCGUCUUGGCCUACCGUCCUCUCAACCCUCGCCGUAUGACCUCCUCGGCAUCUCGCUCUCCGCCGCGAAGGCGCUGACGUACACUACAAUACUCUUAUCUCGAGUCUCCUAUACUGGAUACCGGACCCUGCCUGACUCUGAUCCUGAAGAUUGCAAUUCUGCUUCCACCGACAAGUCCCGGUCCCGCGCCAACGAAGAUGACUCGACUCGUAGGCCUGCUGGCAUCGAUGCCCUGGGGAUUCAGAUGGAGGCAAAAGAGGAAGUCAAACUGCUUGGCGGAUGCUGGCCCUUUGUGAAAAGGUUUCAGAUCUUCCUCAAAUACACAUGGCCGUUCGGUCAACACGUCCUCCAGCUACGAUUCUUCUUGAUAUUUAUCAUCCUCAUGGUACAAAGAGCCAUGAAUGUCUACGAGCUAUUCCUGUCAGCGGUGCUUAUCGACGCUCUUGCCUCGGGCGCCGAUCCUUGGCGCCUAUUGUUGACUCUGGUCUUCUUCUAG